AUGGAAAGAAGAAGCUAUGCUUUCCAUGCCCACUUGUUGCUUUGUUUUACCAAAGUCAAACAACUCAGUGUUCGUCGUGACGUUUUGCUUAAGAUCAAAGAGCUUAAUGAAGGGCUGGAUUUGAUUGCCAAUGAAAAAGAUAAGUACAAUAAUCUCAAUAGUGGGGGGGUCUUCGUUUUUGAUGAAGCUGAAAUUCAAGGCCGUAUUAAUGUAGAGAAGGAUGAUCUAGUAACCAAUUUGUUGUCCAACAGUAGUCAUGAAGGGAAGGGGGCGAUUGUUGAAGUCUUGGGUGGUGAUAAAGAUCUUGUUCAAUUGGAACCCUUAUCACAAUGCAUUCAUGAAUCUAUAACAGGAAAGAAGUUUCUUAUUGUCUUAGAUGAUGUGUGGACUGAAGAGAAGAACAAGCGGGAAAAAAUAAUUGCACCGCUAAAAUAUUGCGCAAGAACAGGCAGUAUUAUUAGUUACAAGAUGCAUGACAUAGUGCAUGACUUUGCUCAAUUUUCGACUAAAAAGGAAUAUGUCAUUCUGGAAGUUGGCAAUGUUAGUGAGAAUCUGCGCAGUUUUAUCAUUCUAUCACAUUACAGAAGAAUGCAUGGUUUUGAUAGCUCACAGUUCUUGCACCUGACACAUCUUCAAACAUUAUGUCUGUCUGCAUGUGGUCUUCAAGAACUUUCGCGUGAUGUUGGUAGAUUGAUUCAUUUGAGAUAUCUUGAUUUAUCCGGAAAUGACUUGAAAGAACCUCCUAAUACAAUAAAUUGCCCGCUAAAUCAAGAGUUAAAGGAUAAUCAAUUGGAGGAGUUGCCUGUGACGAUAGGAGGUUUAUGUAGUCUGCAACAUUUAGACUUGCUUCGAUGCGGGCUUAAGAAAUUACCAGAAGAUGUUAGGAAGUUGGUCCAUUUGGAAUAUCUCAAUUUAUCCGGUUAUGAAGAUCUUGAGGGACUGCCUGACACAAUACGCAAUCUUUCUAAUCUACAAAGGUUAGAUUUGUCUCAAUGCCGGAUGAAAAAGUUGCCAGAUGAUGUGGGUACUGAUGAGACUAAAAAGUUAGGAAUACUGGUCAAAGGCCUCAAUGAAUUGCGGCUCAAAUUCAGAAAUGAUAGAGACCUGCGUUAUCUGUUUCGUCUGGAACUUGCUGAUUGCCACAAUUUUGAGAGUUUACCUUCUCUAGGAAGACUUCCAUUUCUCGAGUCACUCUCGAUAAGAAGCAUGAAAAGAGUGAAAAUGGUGGGUCUUGAUUUUUUGGGAGUUAAAGAACAUAGAGAUGAAGAAAAUGGUGCAACAAAUUUUGUUUCGUUCCCUAGAUUGAAAGAACAUGUGUUUUGGAUGAUGCCGCAGUGGGAAGAGGCGCAAUAG